CUUUGAUCUUUCACGAUUCGUCCUUAUCUUUGCGGUUCUCGCAGAUAAACACUCACUUCACAUAUGCUGCAAUUAGAUGCCACUUUGUCCACACUGAUGUGGCAGCCUCCAUGUUACGCACACCAUCUUGAACCUCCUUCGAGACAUCCUCCGCUUCAGUGGGACUUCUGAUGCCGUCACUAUUAUCAUUCUCACGGUCGGAAGCUUCGAUGUCUGGUUGGUAUUUCUCUGUGCCAGCUUCAGCUGCUCUGUUACUUCCGCCGAAGGGGCUCCUCAUCCUCAAUGAUCAAUAGGCUUCAAUCAAUUGAAAGCAAGAUAUUGAAGACACUCUCUCGACGAAGGACGAUGAAAAGUAAUGCAGGGAGAUAAAAUUCAAGAGGUUGAAAUGAUUUUUCUUUCAUAUCAUACAAGAGCCAGUGGGACACCGAUCAUCGGCCGAGCCAGCUAGAUUCUUGAAGAGCAGAAGGCCAAAAUUUUUUCUCGCCAUGGAUACUGGAACUAUUGUCUUGAACCUGAGCCGGAACCCCCACGCAUCGUCCGAUGGGAGGGACCUCGUUGCCGGCCAUCCAACUGGAAAACAAGCAGUCCCGGAUAAUUAUCUUAUCUGAUCCAAUGCGCGGGAUAGCUCGGUUAAAAUUAUCUGAUCCGACCUAGCCAAUGCGGUUGGUCGAAUCAACCCUGGUGGUCGGCGGCCUGGAGCCACUAUUCCUUAUUGGGCUAGGUCGAUCAAAACCCGACAAACUCCUGUCAAUCAGCGAGGGAGAACGCGAGAGGCCAUGUGACGGACCCGCGAUCAGAUAACUUUAAUACUACCGUUCUUCGGACUUCGACAGUCCACACAAUCGGAAGUGCCGCUUGCAUCCGAUUAUUCGCCUGUUAAACUUGCACAGUUAGACGAAAUCGAAGAGAAACCAUGUGAGGGAAAUAUUCUGUCCGAUAAGAAGCCGUAAUUCCCUGUUUGGAAAAAGGGAAAAUGACGUUGAAAAAUGACGUUCAAAAAUGACAGCCGAGGGCAUGGCUCUGGCGCCAGAACCGGGCAUGGGAAAUUCUUGGCUCUCGUGGGCGGAGAAGGCCGUUCGGUUCCGUGUUUCCUUUCUCCUUGCUUGAAACCCAAUUUUUCCGAGACAACGAGGAAAGUUCCCCGGUAUAUAUCCAGCGGUCAUUUCCCUUUUCCUUAGCGCUGCGUUGGCUAUAUCGAGAAGCACAUUUGAUCCAAGUGGCGGAUUCUACCUCUGGAAAAUAUUUGUCUAUUUUCCCCAUAGAUUCAUUAAUAACACCUUUCUAUCAAGAUGAAAUUAGGCGCUAUGUUUGCUAACUUUCUGUUUGCCUUGUCGGCAUUUGCUCAGGAUAUUACCUCCAUGCCUCAGUGCGCGCAAUCACCCGUCCUAGAAGCUAUUUCUUCCUCGAAGUGCGGCCUGACUGAUGUGAAGUGCAUCUGCACUGACAAAGACUUUGUUUCUGGCUUACUGGAGAAGAUUCCAAAAGUUUGCAGCCCAGAGGACUUUGCUGCUGCUACUAAGGUUGCUGUUCAGCUCUGCGAUGCCUAUGGAGCAUCUCUCUCAUUGCCAGCUUCUGUUACCACAUCUGCUUCUUCGGGUUCUUCUUCUGCUACGGCUACUGCGACCGGAUCGACGGCGUCUCCAAACCCAGAUAAUUCGGGAUCCUCCUCUGGGUCAUCGGCCAAUCCGCCUGCUGCCACGUUUACUGACGCUGCGGUUAUGAACAAAGCUAGUUUGAAACUCGCAGGCCUUAUAGCAGUUGCUGGCGCGCUGGCUUUGUGACUAGAGAUGUGGUAGUGUCCAGGUCUUAAAUAUAUAUUGGGUCUUGGAAUGGAGGGAAGAUAGAUAAUAUAUAUGUACUCCGUAUAUACGCAUCAUACAACGCUAUCCAAUUCCUGGACAAGGCUGUCUCAACAUCAUGUAUUAUACUGUAUACAGGUUUACCUUGAAAAGUGCGAAAUCAAUGGUUUGGUUAACAAGCCCUAGUUUAUC